CCAUCUCAUAACCUUUUCUUCUUCUUAUUCUUCAUAGCUUAAUUUGCUGCUGCUUCCCUUUUAAGCUAUGGGGUCUAAAUAUGGCUACUGCCUUGUUUGUUUGAUGGUGUUUCUGCCUGCAAUGUGUUACUCCCAAGAUUUCACAUACUCUAGGGCAACUUAUUAUGGUAGCCCUGAUUGCUUAGGGACACCAACUGGAGCUUGUGGGUUUGGAGAAUAUGGAAGGAAGGUCAAUGAUGCUAAUGUAGCUGGAGUUUCCAAGCUCUACAAGAAUGGCACUGGCUGUGGCGCUUGCUACCAGGUUAGGUGCAAAGCACCAGAGCUUUGCAGUGACGAGGGAGUGAACGUAGUGGUGACGGACUACGGCGAAGGAGACAAUACUGAUUUCAUUCUCAGCACACGAGCUUAUACAAGACUUGCACGUCCAAACAUGGCCUCAGAAUUAUUAGCAUAUGGUGUUGUCAACGUAGAAUACCGGAGGAUUUCUUGUCGGUACGCCGGUUACAACAUCUUGUUCAAAAUCCAUGAGUAUAGCAGAUAUCCUGACUACUUGGCCAUUGUCAUCAUGUAUCAAGGAGGCCAAAAUGAUAUUGUAGCCCUAGAAAUAUGGAAGGAGGAUUCCAAGGAAUGGGUAGCCAUGAGAAGGGCCUUUGGAGCAGUGUUCGACAUGGCGAACCCACCAAAGGGUCGGCUAACAUUGAGGUUCAAAGUGAGUGCAGGGCAGACAUGGGCAGAGGCAAGAAAUGUGAUCCCAAAUGAUUGGAAAGCUGGGGUUGCAUAUGAUUCAACAAUUCAGCUCACCUAAAUUUUGGUGUCAGCUUGUUUUAGUAAGAGCGUUGGUUGUUUCUCAUUAGUUGUCAUGUAAGCCAAUAAGAGCACUGUUUGCCAUGUGUUUUUUCAAGGGGUUGAUGUACUUUUUUAUUAAUUUCUGAUAUGAAUGAAUCAGCGUACUUAUCA